GUGAUAUGUAACUAGGUGUGACUAGGCCACGACUGACACCCACAGUUUUCUUAUAAAUAUCAAAUUUCUCUAACUGUGGUUUUAAUAACACAAGGCCUAAAUGCAGGAUUUUUGAGCAGGAAAAGAAAGAUAACUCUAAUAUUCUUCAUAACAACGGUAACCUCUUGUUAUAGAGGAAAUGUGGAGAAUUGUGUUCCUGAUUUAUUUCCUCAUUCUUGUUUCUUGUCAAGAGAAAAAUGAAAAGGGCCCUGUGAAAAUCAAUGAUUCAAAGAAAUUUAACGAGAGAGACCUAUUCCGACACUUUUUCGGAGAAAAUGGCGAUUUUCCUACCCCAUGGGCAAUCGGUGACUUGGAAACCAAGUUAAAUUCGGGAAGUCAUCAGGAAAAACCGGAUGUUAACCCAAAAAGUCAAAAGGAUACAGGGAAAGAUAAAUUAACUUCUCGUCUUGGUACAAAGAAAUCCGAUUCUCACCCUGGAAAGGGUCGGAAAGAUAAACCAGAUUCUCGUCCUGGUAAAGGCCCGCGAGAUAACUUAAAUUCACGUCCCGGUCAGAGGAGAGACGACAAAUUCAAUUCACAUCCUGGUAAAGGAGAGACGAAAAUCAAUUCACAUCCUGGUAAAGGUCGACAAAACAAUUUCGAUUCACAUCCUGGUAGAGGUCGACAAGAUAAAUUCGAUUCACAUCCUGGUAAAGGUCGACAAGAUAAAUUCGAUUCUCAUCCUGGUAGAGGUCGACAAGAUAAAUUCGAUUCACAUCCUGGUAGAGGUCGACAAGAUAAAUUUGAUUCACACCCUGGUAGAGGUCGAAAAGAUAAAUUCGAUUCACAUCCUGGUAGAGGUCGAAAAGAUAAAUUCAAUUCACAUCCUGGCAGAGGUCGACAAGAUAAAUUCGAUUCACAUCCUGGUAGAGGUCGACAAGAUAAAUUCGAUUCACAUCCUGGUAGAGGUCGACAAGAUAAAUUCGAUUCACAUCCUGGUAGAGGUCGACAAGCUAAAUUCAAUUCACAUCCUGGUAAAGGUCGACGAAAUAGACUAGAUUCACAUCCUGGUAGAGGUCGAGGUCAGGAAUAAAAUUUUUAUCCUGAUAGCGGUUGAUCAGAUCGAUGCACGGCGGAUUCAAUGUGCCUCUUUCAUUUACAUGUAAAUCAAUUUUUAAUGAAUUAAAAAUAUAUCUUUUGUUACAAUAAACAUUAGUGUUUUGAGAAUGUAAA